GUGUUUUUGGCGAUCCCUGUUGUUUCUCCUUUGGAGAGUUAUCUAACCUAGGCCCUCGAAAGGGGAUUCUGAGCUGAGGCGGCGAGAGCAGGAAGGCUCAGGAGGAGGAAGACAUUGUCCUCGCCGCGCUGAGGCAGGUCUGAGGGUCGGUGGCGGCGCCCAAGCGAGCCGGGUCCCUACCUGGUCUUCCUCUUGUCCCCGCUCCUCCGGCUAAGUCCGAUGGCUGCGGCAGCGCUCGGAGACCCCGCUCUGGGCCAUGUGACCUUUGAGGAUGUGGCUGUCUGCUUCUCCCAGGAGGAGUGGAAACUGCUUGACGAAGCUCAGAGGCUCCUAUACCGCAGUGUGAUGCUGGAGAACUUUGCAGUUAUGGCCUCUCUGGGACUUGCAUCUUCUAGGACCUGUGAAAUAAUCCAACUGGAGUUAUGGGGAGAGCUCUUCAUGCCUGCCUGGGGACUCAAGGCUCCAGCCAUACCAAAAGGUUACCGUCAUGGAGUAGAGGCUGAGGAGGGUCUUCCUAAGCAGACUGCUUCUGUAGAAGGAGUGCUUGGUUCACACAUUCACCAAUACCAGAAGCUGAACUAUAUAAAGAAACCCUUAAAAAGAGAAGAGGGGAGGGUUCCAGUUUUGAGAAGCUGCAGAGUCCACCUGUCAGAGAAGCCCUUCCACAGCAUAGAAGGUGGGAAAGAUUUCUCAACUACCACAUGUCUUCAAAAGUACCAGGUAUCUCACAGUGGAGGGGAGUCACACAGGAGCACCAAAAGUGGGGAGCCCUUUCACACUGGAAAAAGGCAUUACAAAUGCAGUGAAUGUGGGAAAGCCUUUAGUCAGAAAUAUUUACUUGUUCAGCACCAGAGACUACACACUGGAGAAAAGCCUUAUGAAUGCAGUGAAUGUGGAAAAUUAUUUAGCCAUAAAUCCAAUCUUUUUAUACACCAAAUAGUUCACACUGGAGAAAGGCCUUAUGGGUGUAGUGAAUGUGGAAAAUCCUUUAGCCGCAAUGCUGACCUCAUUCAACACCAGAGAGUUCACACUGGAGAAAAACCUUUUACAUGCAGUGAAUGUGGAAAAGCUUUCAGGCAUAAUUCUACACUUGUUCAGCAUCACAGAAUCCACACUGGAGUAAGGCCUUAUGAGUGCAGUGAAUGUGGGAAAUUCUUUAGCUUCAACUCUAGCCUUAUCAAACAUCAGAGAGUUCACACUGGAGAAAGACCUUAUAAAUGCAGUGAAUGUGGGAAAUUCUACAGCCACAAAUCCAGCCUUAUUAAUCAUUGGCGAGUUCACACUGGAGAAAGGCCAUAUGAGUGCAGUGAAUGUGGGAAAUUUUUCAGCCAAAGCUCUAGCCUUAUGCAACACCGAAAAGUUCACACUGGAGAAAAGCCUUUUAAAUGCAAUGAAUGUGGGAGAUUCUUUAGUGAAAAUUCCAGCCUCGUUAAACACCAGAGGGUUCACACUGGAGCAAGGCCUUAUGAGUGCAGAGAAUGUGGAAAGUAUUUUCGCCACAGCUCCAGUCUUGUUAAACAUCGGAGAAUUCACACUGGAGAAAUGCCUUAUGAGUGCAGCAAUUGUAGGAGAUCUUUUAGCCAGCGUUUCAACCUCAUUCAACACCAGAAAGUUCAUGCUGGAGAAAAGUCUUGAAUGCAACAAAUGUGGGAAAGCCUCUAGCCAUACCUCCAACCUCAUUCAACACUGGAGAGUUCAGAGGGCUGACAGGUUUUAUGAAUAUGAAGAAUAUGGGAAAGCCUUUAACUGAAUAUCUGUUCUGCUUCUGUGACAUGAACUUCACAACCCAGACAGGCCUUAUGAAUGCAGUGAAUGUGGAGAAAGGUCUUAGGAAUGCAGGGUAUACGCUGUCUCCUCACCUAUAUAACUUAACUUAAAAUGGAGAAACAGAAGUAGCCUUUGUGAGGGAGCCAGCAAUUAAACGUCAUUUGUCUAAGUAUACACACGGGGCAAAAUGAGAAUUCCUGACAGAUUGCCCCUCACAAGAAGAUAGUGCUCUGUCUGGGAGCUCCAGGGAGAGGAAGCCCUGUCUUCUUGGCUGCAGCAGUCUAGAGUACAGUUUCCAUCUUGUUGAAUUUAAAGGGAAGAAAGGAAAACAUGGUCUUCCUUCAAAGGUGACUGGUUAACAUCAGAGAAUGCAUACUGGUGAGAAGAAAAAAGAUUUUAAAAAAAGAUAAAGGCGAUCUACUAUUGUUACUAAAUGUUAGAUGUUAUUAAAUAAAUAUUUUUUAAUUUGCUAUAUACUCAUGGUACCAUUUCCAUAGAGUUUGAAUUGUGUUUUUAUAAUUUUCACCAGUUUAGCUGAGUCCAUGAAGCUUUUCAUGUUGUCGUGCUGGAAUUUGAUCCAAAUGUUAAAAAUUUUAAUAAUGUGACAAAUCGUGUUCUAAGUGGUUGUGCAGAUUACCAAUUUCUGCACAUCCUUAUCAAUGAUUUGUAUGUCUAUGAAUCAUGGACAGUUCAUUUUAGCAGAUGUGUAGUAGUAUUUCAUUAUGUUUCUGUACUUUAUUUUGAGACGGUCUCACAAUGUCACCCUAGGUAGAGCGCCCCUGGCAUCAUAGCUCACAGCUCACAACAACCUCAGACUCUUGGGCUUAAGCAAUUCUAUUCCCUCCCAAAUAGCUGGACUACAGGUGCCUGUCACAGUGCCUGGCUAUUUUUUUUUUUUUUUGUUUGUAGUUGUCGUUGUUUGGCAGGUCCAGGCCAAGUUUGAACCCGCCAACCCUGGUUUAUGUGGCUGGUGCCUUAGCUGCUGAGCUACAGGUGCUGAGCCUUCACUGUGGUUUUUAUUUGCAUUUUCCUAAUCAUACAGUGUUGAGCAUUUUUCAUGUGGGUAUUUGCCAUAUGUGAAAUGCCUGUUAAUAUUGUUUGCCUAUUUUUUUAAAACUUUGGGUUGGUUUCUUAUUGUUUUGCUAUUUCUUUUUUUUUUGAGACAGAGCCUCAAGCUUUCACCCUGGGUAGAAUGAGGUGGCAUCACAGCUUACAGCAACCUCCAAGUCCUGGGCUCAAGUGAUUCUCCUGGGCUUAAGCGAUUCUCCUGCCUCCGCCUCCCAAGUAGCUGGGACUACAGGUGCCCAUCAUAAUGCCCAGCUAUUUUUUGGUUGCAACUGUCAUUGUUGUUUGGCGGCCCGGGCUGGAUUCGAACCUGCCAGCUCAGGUGUAUGUGGCUUGCGCCUUAGCUGCUUGAGCCACAGGUACCGAGCCUGUUUCCUUAUUUCUUAAUAAUUCCGUAUACAAAUUCCUUAUUUGACAUAAGCUUUGACAAUAUUUUUUCACAGUUUA